CUAGUACGAUCUUGAACUGACAUUUUGGCAGGUAGUUUUCGGUAGAAUUUCUCCAUACGUGAUACAAACUAACAACGGUUACCUCCUAUGUCGGUUUCUUGAACGAUAGGUACAGGAGCUAGUUGUGAAAAUGAAGAACGCUGUACUGAUAAUGGUGUUGAUCAGAGGUGUUCUCGGAGAAACACCACCGCCUAACACUGGAGCAACGCCGAUAGGGUCAUCAGCAUGCAGAUCAUCACAAACUACAGCAAAUCUGAUCAUUCAUAAUCAUGAUAAGCUGAAAGAGGCGAUUGGUGCUGGAUCACUUCAGGAUCCACGCACAAUUAUCCCUUUCCCGAACAUAUCCUUCUACGGCAGCUGUCCAUUUGUGCAGAUUGAUCUAACUGCAGGAGGGCUUAGAUCUCGUUGCAACAUAACGUUGGUGCUAUUCAAUGAAUUCACUGGUAAAGGGUAUCAGAUUGCCUCUAAAAGAAUUCCACCUAGUAACUAUACGGCGGACAUGGCAUCAUGGACUGGAGUGCACCUUGACGACUACAUGAUGAGCGUUACUGCAGCCUAUAUUAUUGGAAUGAGUCUUGGACCUAACUGCCAGUUGAAAACAAAAGCUAAACCAAUGGAAGUCACAUGGUUCUUGCCAAAUGGCAGUGCACCAGAUGUCUUACAGACGUAUUCCCAGUCGAAUGCGUCGGAACCUCUUGUCACGAUGACCAUCCGUGCAUCAGAUGCGUGUGACCAUGCUAAAUGUGACAACUGUCAGGCACUCUAUCAAAACUGUUCUGGGUUAGGAGCAACUGGUAAUACUCCCUACCAGUACUAUUGUGGUACUGCAUCUAAGUACACUUGUCCAACCACUACUAUGGUGCAGUCUACUACAACAGAACCUGUAACAUCUGCUCUGCCCAGCACGUCCACAGCGACUACAGUCCCUACUAUCAAACCUACAACCUCAGUGGAAACCAACUCUACCGCAAUGAGCUAUAGCACUGAAGGGAACAGCACAGAAUCUGCCUCACUGACUGGCUCACCACCUAUAACAUUGACACCAUCCAAGCAGUCUACCUCAGCCGUAGAAUCCACAGCAGCGCCUACGCUACAUGUGGCUAUAUCGCAGCCGGCCGCGUACAUCGGUGCUGCAUCCGGAGUUCUCCUCAUUAUCACAUGUGUGGUGGUGCUGGUUUGUUACUUGCACUGCAGAAAGAACAAGACAACAAUCAACAUGUUGAAACGCAAGCUGCCCUCAGUCGUGUCGGUUGCCGGACUCGGCAUGAGACGCAUAAGUGGAACGGAUAUUGACCACUACGAAACAACCCUGUGUCACAACUCAGAAGGCGGUGGGGGGUUUGAAUCACUCUCCGAACCCAGUGAGCAGUCACCUCCAGACCAACCCGAACCUCACAGCACUGAUGACACCGUAGACACAGGGCAAGCACCAAGAAGUCAGCGAUCAAGAAGACUAAGAGUGCUUCACAAUAUGCCGCGGGUGAGUGAGGACACAGCGACGGCAGACUCCAGUCCGGAGCAUGGGAUACCGGCGGAGUGUCCUGGUGGGACCAGAGAACGACUUCUCCAGGAAAAGCUAUCCGCGGCGGCUGAAAAACGUGCAGUGCUUCGCAGUCCACGCUCGGCAUCGAUUGAAUCGAACACUGACUAUGGUCGGCAACAAGAUUUCUGGAUGAUCGCAGCAACGGAAAGUGAAUUAUAUUGCACUCCAGAGACCUUAAAUUCUGGUGACAUGGACAGCGCACAGGUACAGCGACGUUCUUCCGCCGUCAGUACCGCCACGUGUCUCUCCGUAUGUCCGACCGACUAUCUGCUGCCAUCGGAGCUGCUGUCCGCUGUGGAUGAAACUCCAGAAAAGCGCAUUCCAGUGACCCGUCGUACCAGCAUAGAAGUUCGAGAAAAGCUCUCGGAAGCUAAUGACUACCUGUGCCCGGCCGAAGUGGUGGUGAGAGUGCGUACGCCCAGUACCACGGUACCACCUCAAACCAAGCAAUCACGACAAUCCUCACUCUCUACACCAUGUUACGAGCUAGUUACGGAAUUUCCUGCCGACACACGAAAGACACGCAAACCGUCUGCAACGCCAUCGCUGACAACGUACGACACACCAGGGGAAAUACUUCAGCAAACCAAAACCCCAGAUGUUACACGUACCAGCUACGAAGACAUCUUGCCAGAGCCAGGGAAUAGCAAGCCACGACUGUCGCGUUUCGUCACCAACGAACUCCACUCUAGCACAAAAUCCCAGCAGCGCUCAUUCAAACGUUCCAAUCCACCAUCUCCUCACGCAUACGAAAUGGUUGAAAUAACACCGACAAUGUCCCGUGCCACGCAGCCACACUCUGGAACCCUGGAGGAACCAACCGCAGCACAGCAGGCCCAGCUACACGUGCAGCAGAGUUUCGAAGACGACGCACCACAGUUCAUUGAUCUAGGGUCGGGCAUACCAGCCAACGUGAUUACCUCAUCAACAACAACCAAUGACGUCAUUGUCAACCCAAUUGCCUUUCUGCAAAACGGGAAAUCCCUAGAGGGGGACAAUGAGUACAUGAAUGUGUCGCUCGAUGAUGAUUCACUGCUCACUGCCAUGACAAGAGGACCUGACUCGGGAAAGCGGCAAAGCAACCGAAGAAGCAGCCUGCCUGGCGUACAUGAGCCAACACUCGCUGAUAAAAGCGUCUCCAAACUCUAACAGUUCCCUCUCCACGUGUUGGCAGUAAUGCCAGUGUGUCGAGUAAACAUAAAAUAAGAACAGUAAUCAACUCGGCUAUAAACUAUAAAUGCACAAGUUGAGCUCUUUGCUACACUUUGUUGCCUGUCUCCCAACAUUUGAGAAGCAUGCAAUUGCACAAUGCCUAAGUCAACGCAUUGCUCAGGUCAAGUUAUCUUUAAUAAAAUGAGAAUAGUAGUGAACUCAGCUAUAAAUUUAAAACAUGCAUCAGUUGAGCUCUUUUCCAACUUUCUUUUACCUUUCCCAUAGCAUCUGUGAAGCAUACAAUUGCACAACACCCAUCUCUGUGCAUUUCAUUUUUCUGUGAAAAUUGCCUUUUCACAUACAUGUACCAGAUCACGGACAGGGAUCAUGCAUACAUCUAACUCUACUGGAUUAGAAUUACCCCAACGAUGGACGAACACAUCAAAAUAGGCCUUGAUGAUAUUCAACCAAAUCUUCUUCCGUUUUAAAAGUUAUUCAAUUGAUUUUUCUUCUAUUUUGCGGUAAUUAUGUGUUGCUCCCUAUGUGGGAGCUCGUGCUUUUCCUGCCGACUUGAAUUCUCACUUGACAUAAUUCAAUUUUGUGGUACAUGGUAAAACACAUUGAUUUCCAUGCUACAAUAAGCACAAGACAGAACCCAAAUUUAGCCUCUCUAGCACCUCAUAAGGGCAUGCACACCACGGCCCUUUUUUGACAAGAUGUACUCAUCAGCAAAUUUCUGCCAGUUUGAUAAUAUUCUGUUAACGAUUUUUUUGCCAAACUUUCGCCAUUUUAGUGCGUUUAAUAUAGACGCGUGAGUUCAAAAAAAC